UUGAUGUUAGACUGAAUUCCUUCAAAGGUUGUGUUUCUCAAAGAAAAUAGAGGUUCACAGACUUACAAAAUAUAUUCAGUUCCAGUAGUGUACAUAUCGUUCUGUCAAUUUGCUAUCGUUCUUGUUAAUGAUUUUACCUACAUGUAUGUUUUAAUUUCUGUCAAGAACACAAGAAAUAAUUUUUGCUUUACUGCUAGCACCACUCAUAAAUAAAAGCAGCUUUCUUGCCAAAGAAAAGACAGAGCAGUGUUUGCAAAUUUGAAAAAUGGCUGACGAUUCAAGAAAUGAUUUCAGAGGUCCAAUAAAUCCCAUUAGAGUUAAUGAGAUAGACGGAUUAAUAAAAUACCUACAAAGUAUAAACUGGACGGAACCUUGGUUCUGCGGUCUUGCUGCUUUCCAUCUUACAUGUGCAAUAUUGACUGUGCUUACAAGAAAUAAGGGAGUGCUACAAGCCAUUUAUUUCAGUGUUUUAAUGAUUCUGGUAUUCUGUGCGGAAUAUAUAAAUGAAUGGGCAGCUAAGAAUUUUAAACUAUUUGCCAGUGAGCAAUAUUUUGACAGUAACGGUUUGUUUAUCUCGAUUGUAUUCUCUAUGCCGUUGUUGAUGAACUGUUUAGUGAUCGUCAUCUCGUGGCUGUGGGACGUGGGAAUGUUGAUUCACAAUGUUAAACAGUUAAAAAUAAAACAGAGAAGUAGACAGGCUGAGAAACAGAAAGGGAAGGACGCCAAGGAGGAGAGUACAGAAGAGGAAACUGACCAGGAUUCGCAAGAAAAUCCAGAUAGUGAGGAUAAGAAAGAGAAGUGAUUGUUGAUAAAUAUGCUGGUGUGAUUAAAAUUUAAAGGCAUUUGAUUCCUUGAAUAUGUGUUAGAAUAUUCAGCAGUUGUGCAUACUUUGAUAUUGUUACAUUUUGUGAACCA